CUUAUUUUAUUAUCGGCGCAUGAAGGCUUGUGUUUGAGUGAGUGAUUUGGCAGUCAUUUCCUCUGAAUCACCCGUUCAUAAUGUCGGUGCUAUGCAGUCCACGAAGAGUGUGUACACAUUUCGCAUUUUAUCGCCUCAUAUUGGAUGAAUAAUGGAUAAUACACGGAGGUAACGAAUUGUUUUGAAUAAAGGAAGAUGGAGGAGAGAGAUACCCCACUGGAUGAAAAAUCCUGCCUGACCAAAGUCCGCGCUCAGGUAAUGACGCGGGAAGAUGGCGGGUGGGUUCCAGUUGGUGGUGGAGGGGUCAGUAUCGUAGGAAUCUACAGACUGACCAAAGAAGACUGCAGAGUGGAAUAUGUAGUCGUGGGAACAACAAUGGAAGACAACACAAGGGUGCUUGAAUUCAAUUUGCGAAAAGGUGUUCAAUACUACAGAGGCAGUCAUCUCUUCCACCAUUGGAGGACUCCGGAUGAAAAGAAAUGUGGCCUAACCUUCUAUGGCCCGGCUGAUGCCAGGGCCUUUGAGAGGGGGUUUGGGCGAGCAGUUACGGAGUUGCAACUUGAAGGUUCUUCCAGCGAGUCAUCAUAUGGUCUGGAUGACAGCGAUGAGGAUGUUUCUCGGUGUGUGGAUCCAUUGCUAUCGCGUGAUUGUGUUUUCCAUGACUAUCAGAACACCCCAAGUACAUGUGUUGGACCUAAAGAUGGAGGAGGUAAACUCCUCAAGGACAUCCUUACACAGCCAGCCAAUAAGGACUACACGUGUAUAUCAGGAUAUACGUAUCCUCAUAACAAUCAGGGACACCUACACAUGGUGCACUAUGUGACGCGGAAAAGGGACGAUCGGAGACCGCUGCACAACAUGAAAUAUGCACACGAAGGAUCAUGGGUAAAAACAGCCACAGAGUGGCAUCCGAUAAGAAAGGACUUAUCACAGGAUCAUUUCAAAGACUCAUAUGUGAAGAUUGUUAAAAAGCCACAAAGUAUUCAUGAAUACAGCUACCCCACAAUACCACCCAGUCGGGAGAUGGACGACCUCAAGAAGCCACCUACCUUCCCCAAAGUGGUGACCACGCAACCCCCGCCAUCACCGCCCAAGAAACUCAUGCAGAAAAUGAACAAAUAUACAGAGCCCGCGCAAUGUCUACACUGCAGUCAAUACUUUGACCCGGAACGCAGCAGGAAAGGGGACUGUCCAGAAGCCCCCGAUGAAGCUUCCUACUGCAUCAAUUUCUGUACAUGUCUUUGUGCGGCACAGUGUAUGUUAUAUCAUUGUAUGUCAAACUCAGAGGGGGAUUUCCCAUCUCCUUGUUCUUGUGACACCAACGAGAGUCAGUUCUGUCGGAGAUGGUUUGGGCUUGCUGCGUUAUCGUUUAUCGUGCCCUGCUUAUGGUGCUAUCCUCCUCUCAAAUGCUGCCACUGGCUUGGCACAAAGUGUGGUUGCUGCGGCGGCAGACACAAAGCGAAGUGACUUUGGCACUGAUCCAGAGAGGACAAAAACUUGUAUGCCACAAUGCUGCCAUGUGUUUUACUGUAACUGGACUGCAGUGAAAACCAGAAAUGCAUACAUGCCAUUGAGAUGAGGGAUGUACAUGCCAACAGGAGAUAUAGUGUUUGUUUUUCAUCAAACAUGUCUUCAGCUGUGAAAGACAAUCUGUAAAGCAUCACAUAUCUACGUAAACCAUUGACAUUAUAUAUAUUUCAUCUAAGUGAUAUACUUUUAAUUGUAAACAUGAGAAUAUCAAUAUUUUUAUAUUUUUAUCCAAAUUAUUAUGUACCUUGUGAUUUUAUUUUUUUGAAUGUUGGUGAGUCUAGUUGAUAACAAAAGAAGAAUCUUUCAAUGAAUGCGUUCAACCUUCCGGAUGGGCCGUAGAUAUGAGUGUCUUUCACAGCUGACUAUCAGCUUGUUUAGGACAAGAAGUUUUACACAGAUGGAUGUUGUUUUCAGGUAUUUUUACGAAAUGGAAAAAAUUUGGGAGAAGAUUCUUUUAAAGGGUUUGGAACAAUGGUUUACGCUCAUUGAAUAGGGAAGGUAUGUUGAACAACAACCGAGAGAUGUUGUACGCAUGCUCUCUGAUGAUGGAUGUCUGAAUGCGUGGGUGUCUGUGUGUGUGCGUAUGCUUGCAGGGAUUUGAGAGUAAUUAUCUGUUCUUGACUGAAUGUACUAAUCAUUGGGGAUAUCUCCAUUCUCCAUUUAUUGAAGAUGUAUAUGCAAAUGCAUUGAUGAGGGUUUUAAAAGACAGCGUAUUAUGUUUUAAAAAAGAGAAGAAAAAAAUGACAAAAAAAUUGAGUGGUGUUGACCUUGCCAAUAGUAAUGUUAUAUUGAUUGGCAUUCCUCACUGCUAUAACAGUACUUCAUGUUAACCAUACAAGUAAUGGUUUUAUGUGCUCCUCACUAGAGUUAGCUCCCAGUCUCUUAUUACAAUCACACAGUGACAGUGUGUAGAUAGUGAAACUAAAUGUUCUUUUCAUCCCUUGUAGAAAGAACAGUAUGAAUAUUUCUUUGAAAUCGAGUCCAUGAUCCUUCACUAAUCCUCCAAAAACGUUUUGUACGUAUGUAAUUGAAAUCAUUCACUUGUGAAAGAAAAGAAUGAUGAAUUAAACUGGCUAUAAAAAAAGCAGGAAUUUUAUUUUAAAGAUAAUUAAUAGAACACAUGACUUGUUCCCUUCUGUCAUUGCUCAUGAAUGAUAUUAUUCAUUCAGUUUCAUACAAAACAUUCCAAAAACGGAAAUCGGCCACUUUUUCUAAUUCAGAACAGUUUGGCCUUUAUUAUUGCAUGAAUCAAGAUUGAUUUUUAGGCUUUCUUUGAAUCCUACAUGUACAUUUGUACAUGUAACUAAUUAUUUAUACCUUACCUCAAGUUAAAUGCAUAUUUGUACAGUAAUGUUAAAUUAACGGAAGAAGUGUAUCACAAUCGCAGAGAUGGAACAAUUCAAUUCAGUAUAUGGAGGAUACGUUUAGCAUCAGUCUUGACUUAAGCUGAAGAAUCAGUUACUCUUAAUAUUAACAACUCAUUACAUUUACAAUGAGAAUCGUCGUGGACCUCCAGCUAAUAAUCAGAUACUCACAUUUAUCUUUAGAAAUAUUUUUCAAGAAAGUAUGCUGACCAAUGGAAUGCAUUUGCAUUUUUUCCUCUAAACAAUUAAAAAUAAACAUUUAAAGGAUCCUUUUUUUGGAUAAAACUAUUUCUCUUUUCAGUCAGGUUGCAGUCAUGCAACUUGUGGGUGCUAUUGGGAAAUAUAAAUAUAAAUGAUGUAAUCAUUUCAAAUUAACAUUUCAAAUAACAAUAUAACACCACUUUUGACAACUUUGUUUAUAGUAGCUCCUAAGAAUCUUUCAAUUUCCUGAACAGAAUAGUUAUUUGUGCAAUUGAUUCAUUGUCUGUAUGACUGGAAUGGUUGUUAGAAACAACAAUGCAAAUUAAUUACCCUUUCACAUAGAUCAACACCCCCCCCCCCCCUCUCUCUGGGCAGUGGCCAGUCUAAGUGUGUAAUCUUAAUAAUAUGACAAGUUAAUUUUCUGAUCACAGACGAUCCUCAAUCUGAGGAAAUUUGGAUAUUAGUUGUAAUUAAACUUUACUUUACUCUAUUGUAGUUCAGGGUUCUGUAUUUGAAGUCAUGGGACAUUCUGACAUGUGGCUAGGGUGAAAGUUUCAGCUAAAAAUGAAAUGGUAUUCAUCAACAUCCUUUAUUUAAAAUCUUGCCUUUAGCCAUGCAAGUUAAGAUAAGCAGUAAGCCGUCCCUCCUUGUGAAGAAUAAAAAUCUGUUAAAUUUCUACAUUUACUAGUCAAAUGAAGAGUUUUAUCCUCUUGCAAUCAAAUCUCUCACAUGAAAUGUUUUCAUCUUGAUCAAUUGCACAUGAGAACUUGCCCUUCAAACAUCACCAAGCUUCCACUUGUCACAGACCGAUAUUAAAGAGACCUGCGUGAAUUCUUGAAAUCUAUAGAAGUCCCCUAUUAGUUAGUAUCCACUGUUUCUUCCCAGUAUUAAACACACAAAAAUAGUGGUUUAGGAAUCUGAGACUAACACCUCUCCGACUUUCAUUUGAACGUAGAUGUGCCUUUUAGUGAGUCAUAUUCAAACGUAGCUACCCUACUACAGUUGCCAUUAUUAUGAGCAGUUUAAACGAAAGAUGUGUAAAGUGUUAUUGUACAGCUAUCAGGGCCCUCAUAAAUGUCUAAUAUUUAUUUUUUACUAUAUCUUGUACAGAGUGAUUUCACAUUGCGGGAUUGUAAAUCGCGUAAAAAAACAAACUUAUGGUUAUGGUGACAGGAUCAACUUCCCCACCAUGCUCAAAGCAAGGUGGAAGGAAUGGAUUUACAACUUGUCUUGCUCUUUGUUCAUAUGCAGCAAGAUCUAUUUUGACUUCUAUAUAUUCACCACAGCCUGUUUGAGGCUGACUUACAUGCACUGUAAAUAUAGAUAUUAUGUACAACACCAUCCAGUGUGUAUAACCGUAAUCAUUUAGCAUAUGAUUAGCAAAACAGUAACAUAGAUGCAACAAAAAAAUCUUAUGCUUUAUUGAAGUAUAUAAAGAUAUUUUUAUGGUCUGUAUUGUAAUCUACAGAGCAAACUUUUAAGUGGACAUAAAAAUAGUUCGUGAAAAUUGUUUAUGUAUGCAACAGAGCAAACGUUGGGACUACAACAAAUUUUUCAUUUCUAGGUGGUUGCUAUCGCCCGUUAGGAAAUUAGCUUAAAUGCAGCUUAAAUUGGUUAAGUCUGUAUGUGAGUGUAUGCAUGAGCCCUAAAGAGAGUGACAGAGAGAGAGAGAGAGAGAGAGAGAGGGAGAGGGAGAGGGAACAGACCAUUCAAAGUAAGAUAAAGUUACGAGAGUGAGAGUGAGAGAAGAAAAAAAUGAACUUAAUAUUUGUUACUAAGGCUGCUUUUUUAUGUAUUCCUAUGUUUGGAGCUGGAAAAGAGUGAAGUGUUUCAAAUAUAAAACAAUGAACAUGCGCACUUUGACUGUCAAAGAUUUUUAAGCAGUUCCAAUUCUUUCUCAUGUUCACCACAUAAGAUGUAUUUGAUUGUUAUCAAUGUGUUCCAUAAAUUUGGUACUGAUCUCAAGUUCAUGUGAAUUAUUGACAGUAAAUUUUACAGUUUACAUUUUAUCUUUUGUGAAAUAUAUUUGCAUCCCUGUUGGCAACCUGCAGUUUAGGUUAUCAGAUAUAAAGCAAAGAACAUGCAACAAGGCCAUACCAUUAGCCAUUAGAGUUAGUGAGUUUUAUCAGCUAUACAAAAAAAGUUACCAGUAAUUUUUUUGUGGCCCAUGAUGUACAUGUAGGUUUACUUUUAUAUUAUUUUUUUCUUUUAUAUAAAAAGAAAUCAUGUUUUGUAUAUGUUCAGUCUGUUUUUUAAAUAUCCUGUAACUAUUUUAACAGUUAAUGAUAUAUAUUUCAUACAAUGAAAUCAUACUAUGAUUGCAUAUUUGUCAAAACCUGACAAUUUUUAUGUUUACUGCGAUUCAAUGACAGGCUUAUGAAAUGAAUGAUUUGUUGAGAAACCAUUCCCUGCCUCAAGUGAUGUUGUUUCUAGUUCUAGAUGCUGACAAAACUAUUUAUCGCGCUGCUACAAUGUAGCUCGUAAGUGACUACAGCUCAUUAUUAAACAACAAACGAGAAUGACAUCAUGCUGAUUUAUGAACAGUUUCAGAAUACAAGUUAUCUGUUCACCUUCUCAUUUGAAAGUUUUUAAGUAUAGCUAAUUUGCAUCGAUCUGCUAUUGAGAGAAGCUAACUCAUGUGAUUCUGUUCUCACCAAAUCAACAAAAGAAGAUUUUUAAAAAGAAAAAAAAGACGUCAUCUUAUUCACAAUCUGUGUACAAGUAUUUGUACUGAUACUGUUAUUUAAUAAAUUCAUGCAUGGAAAGGGAACUGAA